UAUUUCUUUUUUCCAGGAAUCCCGCCAGCCGACUAGAUUGUACACCGUGAGCAUCACCGACUCCCUAUGGGUCAACCAUCUCAUAUAUCCCUUCCAUCAUUUCGACACCUCCAAAUUCAAGGUCGGUUUUCCAUUGUCACGACCAGGCAUCUAGAGGAGGCUACUCGAAAAACAAUCGAUCAGUCCAUUAAAGAAAUAACCCAUCAUUUUCUUCAACGUCCAACAAUGGAGCCGAGUAAGGAUCGGGUCGUGUUCUUUGAGCCCCAAAACCUCCGAAUCUACGCAGACGGCCGAAUAGAUCGCCUAAGCGGAGAGGAAAUCGUCCCGCCUUCGCCCCACGCCGAAGCUGGCGUCCGAUCCAAAGACGUUGUCGUUUCGCCCGACACGGGACUCUCCGCCCGAAUUUUCCUCCCUCAAAUACCCGAACCGACCCGAAAACUCGCUCUUCUCGUCUUCUUCCACGGCGGCGCGUUUUGCCUUCAGUCGCCGUUCUCUCCCCGCUACCAUCGCCACCUGAAAGCCAUCGCCGCGGACUCAAACGUCGUCGCUUUGUCCGUGCACUACCGGAGGGCGCCGGAGCACCUCCUCCCGACGGCAUACGACGACGCGUGGGAAGCUCUCUGUUGGGCCGCGGCCCAUUGUGACGGGGAUGGGCCUGAGGCCUGGCUCAACGAUCACGCAGAUUUCAGUCGAGUCUUCGUGGCCGGGGUCAGCGCGGGGGGGACCAUAGCCCACUACACGGUGAGACGAGCCGGCGUGGAUGGGCUUCGUGGGCUUAGAAUUGUUGGGCUGACUACUGUCCACCCGUUUUUCGACAACGGUGCCGUGCCGGAUAAGCUGAUGGAGAUUAUUUUCCCGACCCGAAUCAAGUCGGGUGACCCGAAGUUGAACCCGAGUAAGGAUCCGGAGGUGGGGAGGCUAGGAUGUGGGAAGGUGUUGAUUUUUGUGGCUGAGAAGGAUAUGUUUAGGAAAAGGGGUUGGGCUUAUUACGAGGCUUUGAAGGAAAGUGAAUGGAAUGGGGAAGUGGAAAUAGUGGAGACUGAAGGAGAAGGGCAUGUUUUCCAUCUUGCUGAUCCAACUAGUGAAAAGGCUUUGGCUUUGAUGAAGAAGUUGGUUUCUUUUUUGAAACAGAAGUAGACGACUUCAGAAAUAUUUGAAUUAAUAUUGUUGUUGUAUCAGAAAACUUAAAGAGAGAAAAUUAAGCAAUUGUUAUCCUGGUAGAUGUGUCACAAAUUUGUGGAGGGAAUUUGAUCCACUAAUAAUAAGUGUUGAAUAAAGAGUUGUGUGUUUGUUUUAGAUACCCGCUAAUGUGUUGGAUAAACAAUAUUUGAGAUAAAUGACAAUGGAGGGAUUUUCA